AUGGUCGUCUACUCGGAUUGGUGGCGGGUGGUGAUCGGCUACGGCGUCGUCGGAAAUGGUAUCUGCGAGAUGACGGUCGGCAACGGCGGACGGCCGACUCAUAUGACGAGAUCCCGCUUCAUCAUGUCCAGCGAUAGGCGAAUCAAAUCGCUGAAAACGAGGCAGAAGAGCCUCUUAUCCUCAUUCAAUCUCAUCGUGACGUUCGUCGACACCUACCACGAAGAAACCGGUGCUUGUGAGGUACCUGUCCGUUUGGAGCACCUUGUUACGAUCUGGAAUGACUUCAACACUGUACAGAGCGAUUUGGAAACGCUGGACGAGGCCGGUUUUCUUCUGUCGCUGAAUAAAGCUCCAUCAACUCCAGUUAAUCCUCCGUCUCCGACAAACCAAUCAAAUCAGCAAUUCCCUACAACGGCAUCACAUAUCCGUCUACCGGACAUCAAGCUGCCUGUUUUCUCGGGAAACAUCGAUCAGUGGCUCAACUUCCACGAUCUCUUCGUCUCACUAGUCCACUCGUCGCACGAACUCUCUAGUGUGCAGAAAUUUUAUUAUCUUCGCUCAUCUUUGGCUGGAGAAGCAUUAAAGCUAGUGCAAACAAUAGCAAUCAGCGCCAACAACUACUUCGUAGCCUGGAAUUUGCUGCUGGAGUAUUACCAGAAUACCGUACGACUAAAGCAGUCGUACAUUGACUCGCUUUUCGAAUUUCCUACUCUCAAACGGGAAUCCGUUUCGGAGUUGCAUUCGCUGGUGGAGAGGUUCGAAGCUAAUGUAAAAAUCCUCAAACAACUCGGCGAGAAAACUGAAUACUGGGACAUUAUUCUCAUCAGAAUCUUGAGCAUCCGCCUAGAUCCCACAACAAGGAGAGACUGGGAGGAGUGCGCUUCAACGAAUGAUGCCAUGAAAUUCAGCGAUCUAACAUCUUUCAUCCAACGACGUGUCUCAGUACUUCAAUCGAUUGGACGAACCAGCGAUGUUUCCCAACCUCAGCCAACGAAAAGGCCACUUCCGCGUCCUGUUUCUAGCCACGGAGCAAACAGCAUGAGCCCGAGAAAAUGUAUCAUGUGUCCAAAUCAUCAUCCUCUAUAUUUGUGCGCAGUCUUCUCCAAGCUAAGCAUCGGAGACAAAGACAAAGAAGUUCGUCGUCAUCAACUGUGCCGGAACUGUUUGCACAAAGGACACCGAGCAGAUAAUUGUCCCUCUUCCAGCACAUGUCGCAAGUGCCAUGGUCACCACCACACUCAGCUCUGCUCCGACUCAUCGUCAACAUUUCCCAGCGCCAAGGUUCCAGAAUCAUUUCAAUCAAAAGAAGAUCGAACACAAACAACGGAUGAUAAAUCGUCGGUGUCGAUGUCAGCAGCCCUCGGAGAAACAGUUGCUAACGCUUCUUCAGGUCGUGGAGUGAAAAGCGUCGUUUUAGCAACAGCGAUCGUAUUGGUGGUUGACGAUAGUGGUAUUGAACACCACGUCAGAGCUCUUCUGGAUUCCGGCAGUGAGUGCUGCUUUGCAACUGAGUCAUUUGUACGACGGCUCGUAGUACAACGUCAGAAAAUUAAUCUACCGAUCACCGGAAUAGGACAACGUUCGACACAUGCUCGCUUCAAGAUUGUGUCUACGGUUCGUUCGCUAGUGACUGAAUACUCUGCUUCGGUUGACUUCGUCAUUCUACCGCGGGUUACUGUCGAUCUGCCAGCUACUUCGUUCAACAUUUCAUCCUGGAAAAUUCCACCCGGGAUCCAACUCGCAGACCCAUCGUUUCACCAAAGUGCUCCUAUCGACAUCAUAUUAGGAGCCGAACUAUUCUUUGAUCUGUUCAAAGCCGCUGGCAGAAUUCAGCUCGAUUCCAAUGGUCCACUGUUCGUGAACUCCGUUUUUGGCUGGAUCGUCUCCGGAAGAAACUCUACUGGCCAGUCAACAGCUCCAGCAUCGGUUAAUAUCGCCACCAUCGUAGAUCUCCAGCAGCAAAUGGAAAAAUUCUGGACCUCUGCAAACUACUCGGCGGAAGAAGCAGCAUGUGAAGAACACUUCCAACGCAACGUUUCCAGAAAUUCCGAGGGUCGCUAUAUAGUUCGUCUACCUGUCAGGAACGACACUCUCUUCAAUCUAGAAGACAAUCGUCGUGCAGCUAUUCGCCGUUUUCGUUUUCUGGAACACCGCCUGUUGCGUAAUGGAAAUCUCCGGAAACAAUACUGCGACUUCCUGGAAGAAUACCGUGCCCUCGGACACAUGUAUCGAGUGUACGACCAUGAGAAUGCAACAUCUCCGUCCUACCAUCUCCCUCACCAUUGCGUUGUUCGCGAGGACAGAUCAACAACAAAGGUACGCGUUGUCUUUGACGCGUCUUGUAAAACGCCGUCCGGUCCCUCCUUGAACGACGCACUCAUGGUGGGUCCAGUCAUCCAAAAGGACAUCAGGUCAAUCAUCAUACGAUCCCGGAUUCGUCCUAUAAUGAUGAUCGCUGACAUCAAACAGAUGUACCGACAGAUACUGGUGGACAAAGAGGACACUCCACUUCAGAGAAUUGUGUGGCGAUUCUCCCCGGACGAUCCUCUCGAGACCUACGAAUUGAGAACGGUCACUUACAGGACUGCCAGUGCUCCGUUCCUCGCUACACGUGUCCUCCAACAAUUACCCGAAGACGAGCGACAUGAACAUUCACAGGCAGCGACGGUCUUGAAAAGGGACUUCUAUGUGGACGAUUUGUUCUCUGGCGCAAAUUCCGUGCAAGAAGCCAUCGUACUUCGCCAGCAGCUUGAGUUCCUUCUCAACAAAGGAGGAUUUCAACUCCGUAAGUGGGCAUCGAAUGAGCCAGCGGUGUUAGAGGCAAUAUCACUGAAUAACCGGGCUCUCCAGGCAUCUGUUGACUUCGAUCGAGAUUCGUGCAUAAAAACCCUAGGCCUUCAUUGGGAACCAUCGACGGACAACCUGCGCUACAAGAUCGACCUACCAAUCAUUGCUCGCCUGUUCGACCCCCUCGGCCUAGUGGGGCCGAUCGUUACCACCGCUAAGCUAUUCAUUCAGGCGUUAUGGACGCUCAAGGACAGCGACGACAAGGUUCUAGGCUGGGACCAAGAACUCCCGCCACCGAUGAUCGAACACUGGACAUCAUAUCUCUCGCAACUUCCGCGACUGAACGAGCUCCGUAUUCCUCGUUACGUUUUGUGUCGUAACCCAACCACAGUACAACUUCAUAUAUUUUCCGACGCCUCGGAACGCGCUUAUGGCAGUUACGCCUAUCUCCACUCGACGAACUCUGACAAAACCAUCACCGUAGCGCUUCUUACAGCCAAGUCGAAAGUAGCACCAAUAAAGAAGCAAAGCAUACCACGACUUGAACUCUGCGGCGCACUGCUUGCGUCACAAUUGUACGGAAAAAUUACGGCCUCUCUUCAACUGUCAGCCGAAACCUUCUUUUGGGUCGACUCAACGGUGGUACUCAGCUGGUUGGAUUCAACUCCAUCAACGUGGACAACUUUCGUGGCGAACCGCGUUUCUAAAAUCCAACUCGCCACGGAUGGAUGUCGUUGGAACCAUGUAGCAGGACAAUUAAAUCCUGCAGACUGCAUCUCGCGUGGGACGACAGCAGAACUUCUACCCCAGAAUGAACUUUGGUGGAGCGGACCCUUUUGGUUGAAACAACAUCUCAGCUGUUGGCCAAUCCAGCAUCGUGAUGAGUUAAAAAUCAUUGAAGCUCAACGAGAAACCAGAAAAACUCCAGUCGUAUCUGCUCCCACCAUGAUCGAGCCCACAUUCUUGGACCAAUUCGUCGAGAAAUUUUCCUGCUACGAUCGCAUGAUGCGUGUACUCGCCUAUUGUCAGCGGUUCCAUUACAAUUGUCUCUCCAGAAAAUUCACACGUCGGAAUUCCUCUAGUCCUAGCACUGAUGAAGUCUCCAGGGCAGAGAAAACACUGAUCUCAUUGGUUCAACAACAAUGUUUCAACAGCGACUGGAAUCAGCUUCAGCAGAGAAAACCCGUGUCCGCUAAGUCACCUCUACGUUGGUUUCAUCCAUUCCUAGCACCAGAUGGUCUGAUGCACUUUGGGGGCAGAUUGGAAAGAUCGCAACAGCCUUUCGAAGUAAAGCAUCCAAUCCUUCUUCCAUCGUCACAUCGAUUUUCACUACUUUUGGUUCGACACUAUCACCAAAUACAUCUUCACGCAGCUCCACAACUGUUGCUGACCAUUAUUCGUCUCCGUUUCUGGAUCACAGGGGCCAGAAAGCUUGCGAAAAGAGUGGUACACAACUGUACUAUUUGCUGUAGAGCUCGCCCAAAGCAGGUGGAGCAAUUCAUGUCCGAUCUUCCUGCAUCACGGGUCACUGCGUCGCGGCCGUUUUCCGUCACAGGCGUGGACUACUGGGGACCCAUACUACUUAAGCAAGCCAGUCGAAAAGCCGCUCCACGAAAGGCUUACGUAGCUGUUUUUAUUUGCUUUAGCACAAAGGCAGUGCACCUGGAGCUCGUUUCUGAUUUAAGCACAGCGAAAUUCAUCCAGGCACUGCGCAGGUUCAUCUCGCAACGAGGAUUCUGCGCCGAAAUCCACAGCGACAACGGGAGAAAUUUUGUGGGUGCAGCAAACGAGCUACGUCGCCUAUUCCGCAGCGAGCAUCAUCAACAGGCAGUUCAACAAGAAAGCGUGAAGAACGGAAUACGCUGGUUCUUCAACCCUCCCAAGGCUUCCAAUUUCGGGGGUCUGUGGGAGGCUGCUAUCGCCUCAGCACAGAAGCAUUUCUACCGUGUUCUUGGACCCAACAAACUAGCUGACGACGACAUGCAAACUCUACUCAAACAGAUCGAGUGCUGCCUGAAUUCUAGGCCACUCGUUCCUCUCAGCGACGACCACACUGAUUUCGAACCACUCACUCCCGGACAUUUUUUGAUCGGUUCCGCGAUGAAAGCGAUCCCGGACAUGGACCUCACGAAAAUUCCCUCCAAUCGGCUUCGACAUUGGGAGCACACGCAGAAAAUUUUCCAACAUCUGUGGCAGCGAUGGCACACCGAAUAUCUUUCGACGCUUCAACCACGAUCGAAGUGGUGCAAUCCACCUGUAGUCAUCGAGAAAGGCAAAUUGGUGGUCAUAAAAGACGAGAACACUCCUCCUGUGCAGUGGCCGACCGGACGAAUCAUCGAACUGCAUCCUGGAGCAGGGUCACUCGAGUGGUCACUCUUCAAACACCCAGCGGAAAAUUCGUUCAGCCCGUAUCGAAGAUAUGUUUGCUUCCUAUUGCAACAACACAACCGUCAACAUCAUCAGAAGAAUCAACGAAGAAAACGGAAUCGAAUCCAAAUGAGAUUUCUGAAGGGGCCAGUAUGUUUGAUGAACAAAUGCAGAGCCAUCUAUGAGAAAUAG